UAUUUUGGUGCAGACUGGCGAGUGCUCCCUUAACUUUGGAUCUGAUCGACAAAACGCGCCGUAGACGGUAGAGCUAAACCUGAGAAAGUGAAGUAAGAAGAGAGGCAAGGAGAGAGAAAAAAGAAAAUGGCGUGGAGUGCGACUGCGAUCGGAGCUCUUCUAGGAUUGGGUACCCAGAUGUACUCAAAUGCUCUCCGUAAGCUCCCUUACAUGCGUCAUCCUUGGGAACAUGUAUUGGGAAUGGGAUUAGGGGUUGUCUUUGUAAACCAGCUUGUAAAAUGGGAUGCUAAGCUUCAAGUAGACCUUGACAAGAUGCUUGAGAAAGCCAAAGCCGCCAAUGAGCGACGCUAUAUGGAUGAAGAUGAGUAGCUGCUCUUGUGGAUACAAAUAAUCGUGAUCUGGUUGAACGUUUAAGUGGUUGCAAAAUUAGUCAUCUUUGAAUCAGUACACAUGCUUUGGUUUGAAUUCCGUGCUUUGCUAGAAAUUUCACAACUUGAUUGAACCAUUUUGUUGUUUUUUUGUAUCCAGUACAAGCUGUCAGAUUGCCCAUUUAUUAGGCUGUUGCAAAUGUCUUGUAAUAAUGAAGGCACCUUCGCUUGUAGCUGCUGCAGUUUUGGAAAAUAUAUGAUUCGCAAAUAUAAAGGAAGAUGGGAAGUGCUAAUAUCGACAUUUUUAUAUCA